UCUGCACUUAUCACAGGGUAAUACAUGUUAGGACUCCAUAUGGAAAAGUUGCCUAAUCUGAAUUAUAGUGUGUAGCCGAAUGGACCUCUCUAGCCCUGAGAGCAUUUCACCUUUACCUGGACAUAAGCAAUGCCUAGAUGUGGAGAAGAGUGACAGUUCGCAUGAGAGCCAGGGAAAGGUCUCAGAAGAAGAAGUGUCAUCCAAGCUUCUUUUUUAUACAUUUGUGCCGGAGCUGAAGACAUUGCCAAUUAAAAUCACGCUCACAGAGGCUGCGAAAACAGGACUACUUACAGGCAAACCAAAUAAGAAUUUAGGAGUUCCCAAGCAGAAGGUGACUGAAGACACCAUGUCGGACGGAGGGCUUUUCAAGGCGGAGGUGAUCUAUAUCAGGGACUGUGAAAAACGUGGAGCAGGGGACAUGGUCCAACAGGAGACAAAUACUUGGUUGAUAUCUCCUCCUGAUCACACAACCCCACCCCAGACCCCUCCCCCUAUCAAUGCCCAGGCAGAAAAUACAGCCUACCAUUUUGUAUCCGGGCCCGCUACUAUGGAAACAGCUGUUAACAAACACCAGGGCAUUUAUCAGCAGCAGUGUCACAACACCCCUGUGGGUGCUGAGGUCAGCUCGGGUCUCUUUUUAAAUAGAGCGUCUGACUCCGAUGAGAGACUAAGCCCCGCUAACUCCACAGACCUGUUUCCUGCUUCUUCAAAGAGUCAGAGUCAGGAGUCCAUCCUCUCUGAGAGCUGGGACAAAGACAGGAGCUGGUCUGCACUGCAAAUGUCCCCAGAGACUUCCCGCGCAGUGUCGCCGUGCUCCUCAGUGAGAUCUGGCAUGUUCACCCCCUCUGUGGUGCGAGUCAAGAGACACUCCCUAGAACCUGGCUCCAGUUUAGUCCACAUGCCGCCAACCUGCUUCUCACCACCUUGUUGUGAAAGUCCCUCCUUGUCCCCCUGUCCCCUGUCCCCCCGCUCCCGCCACAGGCCCCCUCCCACGCGGCUCUCCCUGCUAACGGCUAUCCUCCGGAAGGGCCGCCUGCCAGUCCUGUCUCCUACUCUGACUCUACAGAGACCCUACUCCCCCUGCUGGCCCAUUCACCAUGGGACUUCCUGUAAUGCCUGCUCUGCAGCCUCCAGUGUGGCCUCUAUUCCCCUGGAGGUGUUCUCAUCCAGAGCCCAGUCCUCAGCCUCCAUACACAGCCCAGCUCAGAGCUACCGUCACAGGGACGGAUGCGUGUUAGAGUCCCUUAGGUCUGUCAAUGCACCCCCGUCCAUAGAGUCUAAGGAGCUCUCCACCUCAUGGAGAAUGGUUGGCCCUCAUAGCCCACCAUUAAGACAUUCGGAUGAACUGAAAUCAAACAAUGGAAUUAUCUCUGAGAGGGUCACCUCCCCCUCUUAUCGAAGCCUUGGGGUUUCACCAGUCCCACCGUUGUCUCAACCGUUCCCUCAGAACCUCCCCAAACCAGUGGACUACACCAAAGUUCCAAGUCCACCUCUGUACUCAUCACACUCAAGACUCAGACAUCUGUCUCCUGAGCCACUCAACAACUCAGUAAACUCAAGACUUAACUCAUUGUCGCCUGAGCCGAAACCAGUUAAGAACAAGGGGGCUUCUGAGCCCCACAAUUCAAAUCAACCUCUCUAUUUGUCACACUCAAGACUUAAAUGUCUGUCUCCUAACCCAGCUCACAACCAGGGGACCUCUGCAUGUCAACCUCUUUACUCAUCCUUCUCAAAGCUCAGGUCACUGUCUCCCGGACCAGUAAACACCUCAUCAAACUCAACACUCGACUCACUGUCUGCCGAACCUAAACCAGUUAGCAAGAACCUUGUACAAGCUCUGAAUUCUCACCUACGGUCAAAGCUCAGCUUUCUGUCUUCUGCACCUGCUAAUAACCAGGAGACCUUUAAGGCCCUCGUUACGUCUACACCUGAAGUUUCCUCCAUGGGGACCUCUAACAAUCGGGGGACCUCCAUGGGGACCCUUAACACCUGGGGGACCAUAAGGCCCCCCGUUUGGAGUCCACUGCCCUACUCAUGUCUUUCCAGGCUGUCUCCUAAACCUAGCUCUCUCUCCUGCUGUGCCCCAGAGGGCCAUCUUUCUGCCCCAUCCCACUCACCCAGUGGCACAGUUUCCUCUGCACAGAGGCACACAGAUGCAAUAUCACCAACCCCAUUACAGAACGGCCUGAAAACACCUCCCCACUCGAGGCUGCAACUCAGUGUCUCCCCAGCCACCAGAGCUUUCCACCUCACUCCCACCCUCUACACACCCCCAGGAUGUCCAUCACCUAAGCCCCCCACUCCCCCCACUACACCCGACCGCUUCACCCUUUCCCCCUCUCCGGCGCCCCCGACCCGUGACCUCACCCCGUCUCCCUCUCUCUCCCUGCGCUCCACGCCCUCUCCAUGCCUAUGGAGGGAGAUGUCAGACUCCCUUGAGACAAAAAGAAAGCCACACAAGAUCAAGUUAAGCUACAAAGCCCUCGCUGCAAUUCCCACAAACACCCUUCUGUUGGACCAGCAGGCAAUUGAUGAUCAAGUGGACAAAGAAGGAGAUUCACAGGACCCAGUGGACAUACGUAAGCAAGAAGACACACAUGCAGAGAUGUGUUCCCCUGCACAGUUGCGAAAGCAGUCAAAAGAUCUGUAUGCUGUCAUAGACCAAGUGUUAGAAGACCCCAUUCCAAUGCGCCAAGUAUCUCCUGCCCUUGCACACCCCAGGGAAUCAAGGGACAAAUGUGCACCAAAGCGGUACACAUCAUUGCCAAGGUCAUUGGGACGUGAAACUAAAUAUGCAACCUUCAACCUACAACCGUCUGUUGAGAGAAAACUGGCAGAUACCUAUAAGACCAAGCCUGGGGUAAUUCGACCUGCCAAUAUUAUCCCAAGAUUGCCAGAGGAAAAUUAUGAUGAAGUGUUUCAUCCAAACCCCUUCAAGCAAUAUCUGGAAGAGUUGACUGUCAAUGACCAGAACAAGUCUACUCACCCCAUUGUGACAAUCCAUGAGAAUGAGGCGCUGAUGUCCAAAAAGAUCGGGGCAGGUGGCAACGUAAGCUCUGGCAACCUGGCAUUGAACACAGAGAAGACAAGCGAGAGUAACUCAACAACAGAAGAGGAAGACAACAUCUCAAUCUCUUCACUGCUGAUCACUGAAUCUGACCCUGCAAAAGAUGGAUCCUGGCAAGGUGGUGCGACCUCUUUCAACCCUACCAAUGUAAAGAUGGAAGCCUUUGAGACGCACAUUUAAGUUGUUUGUGAGAUAAAUGGGUGACAAAACAGAAAGGUGUAGAGAGUAAGGUAACACUUUAUUUUAAGGUUCUGUAAUAAACCAUUUAUAAGGCAUUUUUAAAGUGUGAGUUCACCAUUUAUUAAUCAUUGCUCCCACAUUAAUACAUCAUUUACUAAUCAUUAGUAAAGUAUGUUUGCAGCCCCUAAUCUAAAGUGAGUGCUAUUUAUGCUUUACAAAUACCUUAUAAAUGUUUUUGAGUGACCAGUGUAAUUUCUAACAAAAAGAUGGGCAUGCUAUUGGUAGACGUUCCAGCAGCACCAGGUAAAAUAAUAAGUACAUAACACAGGAUAUUUAAGGAAAUAUAUAUAUACACAUUUGUGAGUAACUUACUAACAUUUACAAAUAUGGGAAUAAUGAUUAAUAAAUGGUGGGCAUACGGUUUGUAAUCACAUUAUAAAUAGUUUAUAAAUGUCUUUAUUACGGACCUUUAAAAUAAAGUGUUACAGAGAGUCAUUCCCUAUAGUAUUGACAAAGAGGACUUGUGAUCAUUAUUAGCAGAUGUGGCAGUAUGCAAUAAAUUCAACUGCUUUUGCUAUUGUAUAAACAUUUAUGAAAUGCAAAAAUGUUCUGGAGAUUGUGAAACUAUAUGCACCGCUGGGAGGAAAGAUAAUACUUUUUGAACUGAUUGAUUAUAAUUAUUUAAUCAUUCUGAUUUGUAUUUUGGGAUAAAUUAACUUGUUCCAACAUUGAAUAAAACAUUUUGUAAUCUUUUCAAAAAGUUUGUUUGAUUACUGACAUUGUAAAAUACAUGAGAAUAAACAUUUUAUGAUACAUAUUGCAAGUACA